AUGGCCGCCACCACGACUCCUUCGACGAUCGCACAAGGAGGGCGACUCUACGGCAAGCUGUCGUCGUGGGAUGCCUACGCGCCCGUGAGUACGGCGGCGCUGGUGCUGACCCUCGCCUCCACGGUGCUCGCCGCCUUCCCCUCGCCCCUGCCCGGCUUCUCCGACGACCCGGCCAAGGUGGCCUCGCUCAUGCGCUGGGCGCUCUGGAUGAUGAACUCGCCGCCCCGCACCCGGGAGACGGAAGCGACCAUCGCGCCGUCUCUGUCAACAGAGACGCCCAAGAAGAAGGCGCCACAGCGGCGAGGCAGAAAGCCUGCAGCCCAAAAGUUGAGCCAAUCGCCAACCAGCUUGUGA